AUGGGAAAGUUGAGUGAUAAGAAGGGAAAUGAAGCUGUUGAUGACGAUUUGGGCGUGUACUUGUGCGACAUGUUUAAGGAUUCUGGUUAUUUUGGUGGUUUUUACGAGGUUGUUGAUAUGGUAGAUGUGGGCUUAUUUGAGAAGAAUCAGCACAAGAUGUCAGACGAGGGUACAACAAAUUGCAUCGACAUCUUGUUGGCCAUUAUCUUGCCUCCUCUUGGUGUCUUCCUCAAGUUUGGUUGCGGGGUAAGUAAUCUGAGUGCGGAGUUUUGGAUCUGUUUGCUUCUUACCAUUUUAGGGUACCUCCCUGGGAUUAUCUAUGCUGUCUAUGUCAUCACCAAGUGA